AAGAUUUUAUCUGCAGUUUACUAGGCCUACUUCAGAUGCCACUGCCUGGAAAGUACAUUUUACCUGAGAUGUUCAUCAUGAGAGUAGGUGGAUGUGAUCUGCAGUAAAUCAGUAGGAACUGAUCUGUCCAUGCUGGAUAUUGAUGAAUUCAUCCCAGAAAUCUCCCGGAAAGAGGUGACGUCACUGAAAACAAAACUGAUGGAGAAACUCUCUGAACAGAGAUCCAGAGACACACAGGACUCACAGCUCACUUUACUCUGUUCUACUGACUGUAAUCAGGGUGAUCAAACCUCCACAGAGUCUCAGACUUCUGUCUGUAACGCUGGAGAACAGCAGAUGCUGCAGACACCAGUGAAGAUCGAAGUGAAGCAGGAGGAGAUAAAAGUAGAGGAACAACAGAGUGAUGAUGAUCAAACCUACACAGACUCUCUGACUUCUGUCUGUAAUGCUGAAGAACAGCUGAUGCUGCAGACACCAGUGAAGAUCGAAGUGAAGCAGGAGGAGAUAAAAGUAGAGGAACAACAGAGUGAUGAUGAUGAUGAUCAAACCUCCACAGAGUCUCUGACUUCUGUCUUUAAUGCUGGAGAACCGCAGAUGCUGCAGACACCAGUGAAGAUGAAGAUGUGUUCAGUGGAGCUGCUGGACUGCAGGAACCUGAUGAAGAUGAGAGGAGAAAUCAAAGUACAGGAACAACAGAGUAAUGAAGAUGAUGAUGAUCAAACCUCCACAGAGUCUCUGGCUUCUGUCUGUAACACUGAAGAACAGCAGAUGCUGCAGAUACCAGUGAAGAAUGAAGUGAAGCAGGAGGAGAUAAAAGAAGAAAUCACAGUAGAGGAACAACAGAGAGAUGAUGAAGAUUAUAUUUCAGAGCUGAUGGAAGUGAAAGAGCAAUGUCAAGAACUGAAUAAAGUGGAGGAGAAACUUCAGUGUCAGAAACAUCAUGAUUUCACAACUGGAGAAAAAUCUUUCAGUUGCUCAAAGACUAAGAAGAAUUUAUCACCAGAAAAGCAUAAAAGAAGAGCAGCCAAUAAUACCUGCUCACAGUGUGGAAAGAUUUUCACAAAUAAAAGCCGGCUUAAUAAACACAUGAAAGUUCAUAUUGGAGAUAAACCUUACAAGUGCCAUCAGUGUGGGAAAAGUUUUGCAUAUACAGUUUGUCUCAAAGGUCAUCUCCACUCUCACUCUGGAGAGAGACCAUUUGAAUGUGAAAAGUGUGGUAAAACAUUUGUUUUGAAUUCAAGCCUAAGAAAACAUCUGAAAACUCACACAGAUGAGAAGCCUUAUAAGUGUUCUUUUUGUGGAAACGGUUUUCCUCACCUGUCCUAUUUGAAAAAUCACCAGAAAAUACAUACCGGUGUGGGGGCUCAUAUGUACUUUGAAUGUGGGAAGACCUUUAUUACAGCCAGCAGCAUGAAACAGCACCAAAUAAUUAAUGCUGGAGAAAAACCAUACAAGUGCUCACACUGUGAACAGAGUUACACUCACUCACGUAACCUGAAAAUACAUGAGAGAAUCCAUACUGCAGAAAAACCUUACAAGUGCUCACACUGUGGAAAAAGUUUCACUCUGUCACAAUACCUGAAAAAACACAAGAGAAUCCAUACUGGAGAAAAACCUUACAAGUGCUCACACUGUGGAAAGCGUUUCACUCAGUCACAAAGCUUGAAAACACAUGAGAGAAUCCAUAAUGCAGAAAAACCUUACAAGUGCUCACACUGUGGAAAGAGUUUCACUCUGUCACAAUACCUGAAAAAACACAAGAGAAUCCAUACUGGAGAAAAAUCUUGCAAGUGUUCACACUGUGGAAAGAGUUUCACUCGGUCACAAAGCUUGAAAACACAUGAGAGAAUCCAUAAUGCAGAAAAACCUUACAAGUGCUCACACUGUGAAAAGAGUUUCACUCUGUCACAAUACCUGAAAAAACACAAGAGAAUUCAUACUGGAGAAAAACCUUACAAAUGCUCACACUGUGGAAAAAGUUUCACUCUGUCACAAGACCUGAAAAAACACAAGAGAAUUCAUACUGGAGAAAAACCUUACAAGUGCUCACACUGUGGAAAGUGUUUCACUCAGUCACAACAACUGAAAAGACAUGAGAGAAUUCAUACUGCAGAAAAACCUUACAAGUGUUCAAACUGUGGAAAGAGUUUUACUAACACACAAAACCUGAAAAAACACGAGAGAAUUCAUACUGGAAAAAAACCUUACAAGUGCUCACACUGUGAAAAGAGUUUCACUCAGUCACAACAACUGAAAAGACAUGAGAGAAUCCAUACUUCAGAAAAAUCAUACAAGUGCUCACAAUGUGAUAAGUGUUUCACUCAGUCACAAAACUUGAAAACACACGAGAGAAUCCAUACUGGAGAGAAACCUUACAAGUGCUCACACUGUGGAAAGCGUUUCACUCUGUCACAACACCUGAAAACACACGAGAGAAUCCAUACUGGAGAAAAACCAUACAAGUGCUCACACUGUGGAAAGAGUUUCACUGAGUCUCGAAGCAUGAAAACACAUGAGAGAAUUCAUACUGGAGAAAAACCUUACAAGUGCUCACACUGUGGAAAGAGUUUCACUGAGUCUCGAAGCCUGAAAACACAUGAGAGAAUUCAUACAGGAGAAAAACCUUACAAGUGCUCACACUGUGGAAAGAGUUUCACUGAGUCUCGAAGCCUGAAAACACACGAGAGAAUACAUACUGGAGAAAAACCUUACAAGUGCUCACACUGUGGAAAGAGUUUCACUGAGUCUCGAAGUCUGAGAACACAUGAGAGAAUUCAUACUGGAGAAAAGCCUUACAAGUGCUCACACUGUGGAAAGAGUUUCACUGAGUCUCGAAACCUGAAAACACACGAGAGUAUUCAUACUGGAGAGAAAUCAUACAGCUGCUCUUCAUGUGGGAAAAGUUUCAGGGCAGCAAGUAAUCUUCAAAGACAUGUAAAAAAGAAUUGCCCAAGUAGACACGCUGAGCAACAAUCAUCUUCAGGUCCAACAAGAUUAAAUAAAUAGUUGGAAAGAUGAACCCAAUGAUGGAAUCUUUCCAAAUUGAGUAGCAUCUUCUCAGAAUAUUAGUUAUGUUUUGUUUGUAAAUAAAUCAGAC